UGUUUUGUGGCAUUUUGAGUGACAAGAUACGUGGCUGUCGGAAAAAAAUACGGAAAAGUAAAACUUAAUUCUCAUUUAAUUUGCUAAAAAUUUAGUUGUUUAAUUGAUAUAAUAUAGAAAAAUAUAUAACGAAAAUGAAAAGAAAUCUUGUAGUAACGAUAUUAACACUUGCCUUGAUGCAAUUAUUGCAAACUGCACAAGCUUUCAUUGUCAACGUAGAUGCCCACAAUGAGGAAUGCUUUUUCGAGAAAAUUGAGGCUGGAACGAAAUUUAGUGUUACAUUUGAGGUGAUCGAGGGUGGCUUCUUGGAUAUUGAUAUCAAAGUGACUGGACCUGAUCAGGGUAUCAUGCAUCAAAGUGAAAAAGAAUCAUCGAGCCGAUUGACUUUUGCAGCUGUUACCACUGGCGUGUAUACGGUAUGUUUUGAUAAUCAAAAGAGCAGUAUGACUCCCAAAAUGGUGAUGUUUUCGAUUGAUGUGGGUGAGUCACCACAUCGUGCCCCUGGUGCACCGGGUGAGGAGGAUAUUGGUCACACAAAAUUAGAAGAUAUGAUACGUGAAUUGUCGGGAACUUUGACCAGUGUUAAACAUGAACAGGAAUACAUGCAUGUUCGUGAUAAAAUUCAUCGUUCUAUUAACGAAAGCACCAACUCCCGCGUCGUUUUAUGGUCUACCUUCGAAGCUUUAGUUUUGGUUUUAAUGACCAUUGGCCAAGUGUAUUAUUUGAAACGUUUCUUUGAAGUUAAACGUGUGGUUUAAGACCGUUAGUUUAUUUAGGAGCUGUCAUAUUAAGUUUUGCAUAAUUCCAUAGCCAUUCUCCUUUCAUUGUGAAAAAGAAAUUUUAAUGAUUUUUUUCUUCCUUCUUUUCUCGUAAAUGUUUAUUUGAAAAAAAACGCAUAUAAAAAUGUUUCAUCUAUUAAACAAUUUUUUUUUUUUAAACAGAAAAUAUUUUUGUUCUUAUUUGGUAGAAAUUUUGAUUUUCGAAUUUAGGUUAAAGAUCCGCUAGGAUUAAAUCGAACUAGUGGAAAUAAUUAAAACAUGUUUGACGUUUUUAUUAUACAUUAUAAAUGCUGUCCAUUACAUCUACAGAGUGUAUAAACAUAUAUUUUCGCUACUGUAAAAACUAAGAUGUCUUAAAAUAAGCAUUUAUGCAAAAAGUGUGUAAAGUUAUAAAUAUUGGAUUAUCAAAUUCAGAACAUUUACAAUAAAUACUUGAAAAACUGUUGUAA